AUGGAGAGCGCGACAGCUUCCCCCGAACCCGAGUCGUCGCGUCGUCGAUCUGGACGCGUCGUGCGAGCCCCCGAAAAGUUUAGCCCGGAGCCAGUCACCGCACCCAAGCGCAAAAGACAUGAUGAUGACGAUGAAGGAAACGACGACGAUGACAUUCUUUCGGAUGCUACCAUGAGCGAUGCUGCCGAUAGUGACGAAGACCGGCCCCGCGCCAGACCAAAGAAGCGAUCAGGCGCAUCGCAAGGGAGCCGCGCAAGGAAGCCCGCAAUCAAGAAACCAAAGACCAACGGUGUAGCUCCGUCUGGUCAUUCUGCAAGCCUUCCGUCACGGCCCAAGAAAUCCGUCAGAAUUGCUACCGCCGACAGGCAAGCCGAGGGCUUGUAUGCCGAUGUUUUCGGUUCGGGGAUGCCCUCGGACGAGGUUGCGGAUAAGUGGCAGACCAGAUAUCAAGCCAAUGAUGCACUUGCUGUCGUGGAGCUCGUCAACCUUGUGCUCCAGUGUUCUGGUUGUGACCUCGAGGUCACUGAAGACGACAUUCGCGACCCUGAUAAUUGCCAGGCUCGACUGACCGAGCUUCAAGACCUGUUCCAAGAGGCAUGUGCCCCUAACUUGGUACAGGAGCAAGUAACUGAGUACCCCCUCAUUUCCAGGGCGAAGAACACCAAAGCUUUCCGUGACCUCCUCACCGGAUUCUUCCGGGGCGUUGUUCGCAGUGUCCACGAAACAGAUGUCCUGUACAACGACGCUACCUUGAUGGAGAACCUCGUCCGUUGGAUAGCAUCCAUGUCGACCUCUUCACUUCGCCCGUUCCGCCACACCGCGACAACUGUCAUCCUCUCCCUAGUCUACGGCCUUAUCGAUGUCGCAAACACGCUCGACGCCCGAAUUACUGCGAUCGAGCAACAGGUUGCGCAAGCCAAGCGCGGAAAGAAUAAGGCGAAGCUGGCUGAGAUGCAACGUACUCUCAACGAGGCCAAUGAGAAUAGAGAGCUGUGCGGCAAUCACAUCAAGGACUUUUUCGACACCACCUUCAUUCACAGAUACCGAGACAUCGACCCGCGUAUCAGGACGGAGUGUGUCGAGUCCUUAGGAUCUUGGAUCAUUGGUCUUUCCACAGUGUUCAUGCAGCCCGAGUACCUCCGUUAUCUCGGUUGGAUGCUGUCAGACACCGUCGCCUCUACCCGACAAGAAGUUCUCAGGCAAUUGGCACGCAUCUUUAGACGUGACGUGCAACAACUGGGUCACUUCAUUGAUCGUUUCCGGCCUCGUCUCAUCGAGAUCUCCACCAAGGACGCCGAGGUUUCCGUCCGUGUUGCUGCCAUCUCUGUUAUAAACGUACUACGGGACACCGGAAUGCUCGAACCAGACGAAGUUGACUCAAUCGGCAAGCUCAUCUUUGAUAGCGACAUAAGAAUUAGAAAAGCGGUUGUCAACUUCUUCACCUCUUGCGUCGAAGAUUCUAUCGAAGGCAAGAUGGAAGAGCUUGGUGGACAGGAUGCGCUUGAGGAGACAUUUGGUGAGAUCGAUGAAGACGAUUACGACUCGCCUCGCAGUACAUGGGUCAACAUCAAAUGUUUAGCAGAGAACCUCGCCGCGUUUGAUGCGCAAGUCGAGGGCGAGCAGCAGGACAAUGGCACAGGCCUCGCUACCGCCGCAGACGUCACCCAGGCGAACGUUCCAGACACGCGAAUCUCUCUUGCCUCCCAGGUCCUUUUCGAAAAGGUCCCCUACGUGAAGCAGUGGGAGCUAUUGGCAGGCUACCUGCUCUACGAUCAUACAGUCAGUUCCAAGUCGAAAUCCAAGUCUCACGGUGCUUCAACCGAGACUGCUUUCAAGAAAGCUGUUGGACCGCAGGGUACUGAGGAAGCUAUUCUGCUCGAGGUUCUGGCAUCCGCAGUAAAGAUGUCGAUGCUGCAAUCCGCCGAGAUUGAGAAGAACAAAAAGAAGAGUGGACGCCCGGAGGUGACAGAGGCGCAAGAAGAGACCGCUUUGGAAUUAGCGACAGUUAUUCCCCAACUCCUCAACAAGUUUGGCGCCGACCCUGCCACUGCUACGAUCGUCCUUAGGAUGGAGCACUUCCUUGACCUCGAGGUCUUCCAAACUUUACGGCAAGACUCAACCAAGUAUGAAAAGUUGCUCGAUGAGAUCAGCACUCAGUUCAAUAGGCAUGACGACAAGAGGGUUGUUGCUGAGGCCGCCGCAGCUCUCCUCCACUCUCGCCAGUACGAUGAGCUUGAGGAGCUGACUGACGGAAAGCUUGCGGUUCUGUGGGAGAAUGUCAUCAACACCCUGCGCAGCUUCGACAAGACCUGCGAGCUAUCUAUGCGCGGCAAUCUAGCAGAGGAUCAUCUGAAGGCGCUUUCCACAGUGCUGAUGAAGAUCAGUGAGCUUGCUCGCAUAUCCGACUGCAUGGAGGUCUUGGAAACGGAAGGACGCGCAGCCGACUCAAUGUCAUCCACGAUUGAGCUCCUGGUGAACAUUGUUAGUCGAGGCACGUUUGAUCAACAGACCGAAGACAUUGACGACUUGGAGGAUGAAGUUGUCUCCUUUGCUAUCAAAGGUAUUCAGUUUUACUUCAUGUGGAAGGUGCGGAGCUUCCAGAAGUUCAUUCAAAGUGAAACCGAAAUACCCGACUCUGUGGUGGAUCAGGUUUCUGUCUUGCGUAAAAGAUACGACGUCGGUCUGAUCAAAACCCUGUCGUCCCGAGCUAUCAUCGAUGAUAUCCGCAUGUUUGCCACUGGCGCUCUCUGCGAUAUCCACGUGCUUUUCGGCUCCUUGAGAAACUGGACUGAAGAAUCUCGCGGAAACGCAAACUACAAGAAACUUGCGAGGCUGGCUCACGAGCUUGAGCCCAAGCUUCUGCCAGAGCUGAUUUCAAUCUACGACGGCGUCGAGAAGACCUUUGCGAAGCGGACAAAGAAAAUUCUCAACGAGCCAGCCGAAGAUGAAGAACCAAUGGACGACGACGACUCUGAUGAAGAGGAGGACGAGGACGAAGGCCUAACGCAAGAGGAGAAGCUGGCGCUAGAGCUCAAAUCUGAAAAGGCCCUGUGUGAAUUGGCGGCCAAGUACGUCCUCGCUAUUGCUCAGAAGGUCCUUGAUCAAUCAGGGCCGCACGCGGGCAAGCUUCACAAGCGACUUCUACGAAACCAGAGCAGGCUCGGCAAGAACUUCAGUGAGGUGGUGGCGUACCUUGAUCCCAAAAAGGUCCGGGAUCACCUGUACGGCAAGAAGUUGCAGAAGUCCAAGGCGGCAUCGACAAGGUCCGCUGCUGCGAAGCCCGCCAUUAGCGAAGAGAUUGUCGUCGACGAUGACGAUGAAGAGGAAGAUGAAGAAGAAGCAGUCGAGGAGCCUGAGCCGGAAGAGGGCUCGAAAGAAGAUCUACGACGGCGGGAGCUACUCGAGGAGGAGGAAGAAGAGGAACCUGACGUGGAGGAGCCGCCUGCUACUAAUGACGACGACGAUGUACUGGGCGACUAA